AUGUCUCAUCCUGAAGCUACAGGUCCUAUCGAGGUCCAAAACCUUCCUCCAAUCGCCUCAGAGAACGGCGGCUUCGUCACCGACGGUACGAUCUCUUGCGAGGCGUUCAAGCAGCAAUGUGACUCCACCAUCCAAAUGGUGAAGGAAAAGCUUGCCCGGCUCGAAGACCUGACUUCGACUCCUCCGACACGGGAUAACUUUCUGAUGCCUCUAGAUGAUCUGGUCAGACAUAUCGCCAUCAAGCGCGGCCUUUGCUGGACCUUUGAAUCUCUCCACCCUGACCCGGCGAUGAGAGAGCUUGUCGCCGAGGUCCAGCAACGGCUGGACAAGCUGUCCAUCGAGAUUGAUCAGUCUUCUAGGCUGGCGUAUAUCAUGGAUUCGGUGGAUGUCGAGCCGUUGGACGCUCUCGAUCGGCGAUUCGUCGCUCAUUGGAAACGAGACUUCAGGCGCGCGGGCUGUUUCUUGGCGCCUGAUCAAAGGGAACAAGUGAAGCAGCUCAACGAAAGGGAAGCAGAGUUGGGCAGAAAGUUUGACAGGAACAUCGUAGACGGUCACAAGUCCAUGUUUAUCCUCCCCGGACAGCUCAAGGGGAUGUCGGACGAGUUUAUGCGAAACCAUCCAGUCCGGGAAGACGGCAAGAUCGAGCUCAAGACCAACUAUGCCGAUCGGCUCCCCGUCUUGGAGUUUUGUGAGGACGAUGGGGUCCGAAAGGACAUGUGGUUUCUAGCGAAUAAUGUGGCUGCUCCUGAAAACGCGCCAGUUUUCAAGGAAAUCGUUGCGAUUCGAUCUCGGCUUGCCUCCCUGCUCGGCUACCCUAGCUAUGCGGCUUUUAGUCUGGAGCCUGAGAUGAUUGGCAGUCCAGAGAACGCCUACAAACUCAUUCAAGAACUUUACGACGGUACCGUCGAGAAGACCCGGCAGGAGCGAAUGGAUCUGCAAAGCGCGUUGGGGACCACAGAGCCUGUCCAUCAAUGGCAAGUGUUCUACGCCAAGACCUUACUGGGCAAGAAGAGACUGGAGGGAUUCUCUCCGGAAGAUGCAAGGGAAUACUUCCGAGUCGUAACAGUAGUACCUGGCUUGCUGAAACAUGCAGAACAGUUCUACGGUGUGAAGUUCAUUCCCCGUCCAGAUGUCAAGACAUGGCACGAGACGGUCUUGGUCUUCGAUGUCCAUGACGGGGAUGAAGGGAAGGGCUUACUUGGGCGAAUCUACCUGGAUCAUAUCUUACGAGACGGCAAACAAGACCACCCCUGUAUGAUGAACAUCGCUCCGGGAGUCGAGGAUAAGCAACUUCCGGAAGCGAUUCUUAUCGUCGGUCUCGGAUCAGAAGAAGAUGCUACCAUGUCUUAUUGGGAUGCCACAGCUUGUUGGCACGAGCUCGGUCAUGUCAUGCAUCAGAUUCUGGGCGGAUUCGGACAGCGCUACCAGCGUUUCUCGGGGAUAGAGGUCGAGGCAGAUUUCGUCGAAGCGCCUUCUCAGCUUGCUGAAGAGUGGUUGAAGCUGCCGGAGGUGAUCAAAUCAUUCGCUAACAACAAGAAAGGUGAAUCUAUUCCGGACGAUAUGAUCGACAAGCUACUACAAUCCAACACAUACACGAAAUGUAUUGUGCUGAGUGGCAGCCAUCUCGUCACGGCUCGCCUGGCGCUGAUGUACCACGAGAUCACACCUGACGCCCUCGACGUGGACCUCGGCCGAAUUUGGCGAGACGCUCAAGAAACGUUUUCCGGGUUUCCACACAUUCCAGCGCACAGCGAAUACCAUCCCGAACUCAGUUUUGGACAUUUCUACAGCUAUGGUCCUCGUUACAUCUCAUACGACAAUUCCUUGGCCAUCGCGAAGGAGAUGCUACAAGUCUGGAAGGACAGUCCACUAGGUCUCCAUGACCUUGAAGUGUCGCGAAAGUACCGCAAGGCCAUAUUGGAAAAGGGUUCUACUGUUGACGCAACAGAGAUGGUCCAGAACUUUUUGGGGCGCGCGCAUACUACCCAAGGCUAUCUGGCUUACCUCAAUGAAUGAACGAAGAGAACUAUGCACCGGAUGUGUGUGUGUGUAAGCGCGUUAUAUUUCCUAGUGCCUGUAGCAGCCCAUGUUGUACAUA